GGCUGCGGGGCAGCGGUUGCCUCGGCUGGAGCCGGCUCCCGGCGCAGCGCCGUGACUUUCGGUCCCGGAUCGAAAGCGGCACUUUGAAACUAUGAACUUUCCCCAGGCGAGAGCUAUUUUUGGGGCGUCCGCCGGUGCUUCCUUUUAAAUAGGGAAAGCUCUGCCCCGGGCUCAGCCGCUGCUGCCGGGGACUCAGACCCUGCGGAGCGUCCCCGCACCCGCUGCCGGCUCCUGGCGGCUCCUGCUGCUCCUUUCGCCGCGCCCGGAGGCCUCUGGGCUGGGACGGGUGGAGGAGCAGUGUGAGACCUGCAAGCGCCGAACAGAUGCAGCAACAGUCCUUGAGAGCGGUGAGGGAGAGGCUGGGAGCUGCACAAGCCCCGUGAGGAGCCCCAGCUCCCCCAUUGCUCAGCGUUGUCCCGUGUCGCAGGUUCCUCGGGACAGCAGUGCUCCAGUCCUCACGUGAGCCCCUGGGGAGCAAAGAGCUGCUGUGGCUUGCGUGGUACCCACAGUGCAACGAGGGUGUCACAGGGCACAAGCUGGAACAGGAAACAAACCUUCACUCCAGAGGCCGUAAUAUGCUGUGUCCAUCGGCGCCGCUGCCGUGCAGGGCCCAGGCUGCCAGCUGAGAUGGCUCCAAGCACCGAGCUCCAGCCAAGCUUCGAGGACGUCUUUCAUAUCCUAUCCCAGACCCCACCAGAUAAACUCCUGAACCUCACAUACAGACUGAAGGACUUGACAGUUGGGCCCAGUGGCAAAUUGCUGCAAUCCAUGGUGCUGUUUACUCUGGGGCAAGAAGUACGUGCACGGAGCUGCCUGGUCGCCUUGGGAGAUAACCCAGCGGCUCGGUACAUCCACCAGACCAAACUGGCCACUGCCACAGAGCAGGAGGCUGAGGAGGGUCUGCAGCCUCCCCAGCUGGAUGCAGGUGCCAUGGUGCAGCUGGCAGAGGUCUACUCGGUGCUGGCAGAGGAGAACCUGUGCAGUCGUGAGGCUGUGGCCAAAGCCCGCCAGGCUGCCACCAAAGCCUGUGCCGCCAGCAAGGGAACUCGGGGGGACAGGCCCCAUAUCGUCCCUCCCCGGGAGCAGGACAGACCCGGCUCUGCCCUCAGCGGGAGCCCAGGUGAGAGAUUUCAGCCGCUGAGGUCUGCAGACGCGGGGUUUAUGCAGCCAGGCACCCCGGGCUACGUGCUCAGAAGCUCCCCAGUGCCCAUCAGAGGCAGCUCCGAGCUGUCGGGGCCACGGACGCUGCGCUCCUGGGGCAGCCCCUCCCUGCCCAGCCACCUGGAGAUCAGCGCGUCGCCCACGGUUCCCAUCAGCAGCCAGCGCCCUCCCCAGCCGCCUGUGCCCCCCAGCAAGCCCCCUCCUCAGCAGCCUGUGUCCCUCACCCAGCCCCCUCCCCAGCAGCCUGUGCCCCUCAGAGAGCCCCCUCCUCAGCAGCCUGUGCUCAGCAGCCAGUGCCCUCCCCAGCAGCCUGUGUCCCUCACCCAGCCCCCUCCCCAGCAGCCUGUGCCCCUCAGAGAGCCCCCUCCUCAGCAGCCUGUGCUCAGCAGCCAGUGCCCUCCCCAGCAGCCUGUGUCCCUCAGCCAGCUCCCUCCUCAGCAGCCUGUGCCCCUCAGACAGCCCCCUCCUCAGCAGCCUGUGCCCCUCACCCAGCCCCCUCCCCAGCAGCCUGUGCCCCUCAGACCCCCUCCUCAGCAGCCUGUGUCCCCCAGACAGCCCCCUCCCCAGCAGCCUGUGCCCCUCAGACAGCCCCCUCCUCAGCAGCCUGUGCCCCCCAGCCAGCCCCCUACCCAGCAGCCUGUGCCCCUCAGACAGCCCCCUCCUCAGCAGCCUGUGCUCAGCAGCCAGUGCCCUCCCCAGCAGCCUGUGUCCCUCAGGCAGCCCCCUCCUCAACAGCCUGUGUCCCUCAGGCAGCCCCCUCCCCAGCAGCCUGUGUCCUCCCCUGGUGACAGAGCAAGCCCUGGCCUGCAGGAAAGCAGCUGGUCCAGCAGGGCUGACCCUCACUCCUGGCAGGACACAGGUGCCCAAGUGCCUCGGCUGGAGAAGGUUCUGCAGGUCAGUUCCUGCCACACAGCUCACUCCAUUUCCAAAGCACAGCCUCCUGCCACAGGGGCCAUCAAGGAGCCUGUGGAAACCAGUGAUGUUUUCAGCACAGAACCUCACUCAGCCAAUGCAAACACAGACAGAAGGCAAGAGGAAAAGCAACUGUCUACAAGUCUUCCUGACUGGAGAGCUGCAGGGGAUGCUGGUCCUGCCCACACACCCAUGGACUCCUCUAUUCCAGCAGGCAUUGCCCCUAACUCUGCAGCUGCUGCCGUUUCAACCUGUUCCCUUACUCCUACCUGUUCCUCCUCAGCCUUCCCCCCUCUUCACGGAGCUCCUUCCAGCUUACCACACCCCCCUCCCUUCUACUCAUCCCCUUCUCCAGCCUGGCCUCCUCCUCUCCAAAGAGUCCCCACAGCAGAGCCAGAUGCUGAAGAGCAGAGGUUCUUCACUUUUGUUGUCCUGCAUGCCACUGAGGAUGAGCCCGUUGCCCACCGAGUCAAGCAGCUGCUGGAGGCCAUGGGGGUCCCCAACGGGGCCACGCUCUGUGGGGAUUUCUCCGUGGCCGGCCGCAGCCACCUCACUUGCUUCGAGGACGCGAUGGAAAACUCUGCUUUCAUCAUCCUUCUGCUGGCCAAGCACUUCCUGUGCAACCUGUGCAUGUUUCAGACAAACACUGCUCUGAUGGAGUCCAUCCUGAACCCCUCCAAGCAGGACUCUGUCAUCCCUUUCGUGCCCCGGGAGAACCCCCUGCAGCGCAGGGAGAUGCCCAGGACGCUCAGCGGCCUCAUCCCCCUGGAUGAGAACUCUCCCGGCUUCUCCAGCACGGUGAGGAACACCUUCACCAGCAGCAAGAUUGAGAGGAGGAAAGCCAAAUGGGAGAUGAUGAUGAAGACAAGGAACCUGCAGCUGUAUCAAGAACAGUAUCAAGCGUCACAGAACUUGGCUGCUCUGAACCUUGGCUGCUCUGCCACGGGGCCUCUGCCAGCAGCGUGGUUGGAGCAACCCCCUCAGCACUGGCAGCCUCCCACUUCCACUGUCCCUCCUGCCACAUACCCACCUCCUCCUGCUGCUCAGCCCAGGCCUCCUCACAUGGGUCCCCUUCCUUUCCACGACCCUCCUCUGCCAUCAGGCCACCUCCACGUGCCGCCAGCCGCGGGAGCCGGCCCGACCCUCGUCAUCCAAAACGCCCAGAUGGUGCAGAUCGGGGACCACAACAUGAUGCAGGUGGAAAGGGGGGCAGCCAGGGAGGAAGGACACAGGUAGGGUGAUGGCUCAGACAGGCAGCAGCUCAGCCAAGGCCUCACACACACUCCACUCCAGCUCUGGGCUGUGGCGGCUCUGCUGGGACAGGGACUGUUCCCUGCUGAGGGGUGAAGGUGCUGCUGUGGUGAAGCACAGGAGAAAAUGGACAUGGACACGCUGCAGCCCCUGAGAGUCACAGAAUCACAGGAGCAUUACAGGUAGAAAAGACCUUUAGGACCAAGUCCAGCCCUCACCCACACACAGUUUUUUCCUUGUGCUUACUUUCAGGUACCUGAGGAGACGUUUCCCUGGUCUCCCGAGGCCUCACCAUUAAAU